ACACAGUUGAUAACGCAGAGCCUAUCCUGCGAGACACAGUUGAUAACGCAGAGCCUAUCCUGCGAGACACAGUUGAUAACGCAGAGCCUAUCCUGCGAGACACAGUUGAUAACGCAGAGCCUAUCCUGCGAGACACAGUUGAUAACGCAGAGCCUAUCCUGCGAGACACAGUUGAUAACGCAGAGCCUAUCCUGCGAGACACAGUUGAUAACGCAGAGCCUAUCCUGCGAGACACAGUUGAUAACGCAGAGCCCAUCCUGCGAGGAUUGUUGUUGACGCAGACCUAUCCUGCGAAGCACCCUCUUACAUCGCUGGGCUCGUGGCAGCGACAGCCGUGGCCACGGAGACGCUCAAGCCCGCAGGCAAGAGAGGGACAUCGUGACACAUCGGAGUGUGAGGACCGAAGUCCUGAUUUUUUUGGGCUGGGAAUCUGGCCCCUUUUAUAUCUUUUCGGCUACGUCUCUACCAAGGAACCAGUUGCGCAGAAGGUAGCGAGAAUCACUGUCUUGUUAUUGUCGUUGAAGACAUUUGAACAACGUUGA